AGAAGAACUCCCACGCAUCCAACUUUCUCCUGUGCUCUCACACACGCACACACAAACACCGAGAGAGAGCCGAGUACACGGGAGCCAUCGACUUUCUGGACAGGCCGUCCAGAGCCCUGACAUGUCGCUCCUCAUCUGCGUUUGGACGACUUUAGCGGCGUUAUGCUGUCCCGCCUGGACGCAGGCCCCCGAGUUGGCGGACGUGUGCACGGAAGGCAGCUGCUACCCGGCCACGGGUGACCUCCUGAUCGGACGCGCCCACAAGCUGGAAGCCUCGUCCACCUGCGGACUCCGACGAAGCGACACUUUCUGUAUCGUGGGACACCUGGAGGAGGAGACCAAGUGCUUCCAGUGCGACUCCAGGGACCCGUACGAUGAGGACGUUAACCCGCAGAGCCACACCGUGGAGAACGUGGUCACCACCUUUGCACCCAACCGCCUCAAGACGUGGUGGCAGUCGGAAAACGGUGUGGAAAAUGUGACCAUCAAGUUGGACCUGGAGGCCGAGUUCCACUUCACACAUCUUAUCAUGACCUUUAAGACGUUCCGGCCGGCCGCCAUGGUGAUCGAACGUUCGAUGGAUUUCGGGAAGACGUGGCAGGUUUACCGCUACUUUGCUUACGACUGCCGGGCGACGUUCCCUACAGUGUCCCCGGGGCCCAUGGUCAAGGUGGACGACAUCAUCUGUGACUCGCACUACUCUGACAUCGAACCCUCCACCGAGGGAGAGGUGAUAUUUCGGGUGCUGGAUCCCGCCUUUGAGAUUGAGGACCCGUACAGCUUGAGGAUCCAGAACAUGCUGAAGAUUACCAACUUGCGUGUCAACUUCCUAAAACUGCACACGCUUGGCGACAACCUGCUAGAUACGCGAAAGGAGGUGACAGAGAAGUACUACUACGCCAUCUACGAUAUGGUCGUACGCGGCAACUGCUUCUGUUACGGCCAUGCGUCUGAGUGCGCCCCUAUUGACGGGGCGCCGACGGGGGCCGAGGGAAUGGUCCACGGGCGGUGCGUGUGCAACCACAACACCGAGGGCUUGAACUGCGAGCGAUGCAGGGAGUUCCAUCACGACCACCCCUGGAGGCCGGCCGAGGGCCGUAACACGCACGCUUGCAAGAGGUGCGAGUGUAACCAUCACUCCGGCUCCUGCCACUUCGACAUGGCCGUCUACAUCACCACGGGUAACGUCAGCGGUGGCGUAUGCGAUGACUGUCAGCACAACACAGUAGGCCGCCAGUGCGAGCAGUGUGCACCCUUCUUCUACCAGAACCCCAACCGUGACCUCCGGGACCCCAACAUCUGCGAACGUAUGUUCAAAAGCCUCACGUCUAAGCAUACUGUUUGGUUCUUGAACUUGUCUAAUCAAAAACUUUCCCCCCCAGCUUGUAAUUGUGACCCAGUAGGCUCCCUGCAGGGGGGGCUGUGUGACGCCAGGACGGACGUGGUUGCCGGACUCAUCUCGGGCCAAUGCCGUUGCAAAGCCAAUGUGGAGGGGUCGCGCUGCGACCACUGCAGACAUGGACACUAUGGACUAGGACAGGGGUCGCACGGAUGUCUGGCUUGCGCCUGCAACCCACUGGGAACACUGCCUGGAGCCAACUCUUGCGACUCGGAGUCAGGAAGGUGCUACUGCAAGCGGCUGGUCAGCGGACAUGAGUGCAACCAGUGUCUGCCACAACACUGGGGUCUGUCCAAUGACAUGGACGGAUGCAGACCUUGUGACUGCGACCAGGGAGGGGCCCUCAACAAUAACUGUGACCCGGUGUCUGGACAGUGUGAGUGCAGGGAGCACAUGUUCGGUCGGCGGUGCAACCAGCUGGAAUCCGGCUACUACUUCAUUGCUCUGGACCACUACACCUACGAGGCUGAGGAUGCCAAGCGCGGACCUGGCGUGGUGUUGGUUCACAGACCUUACCCUCUGGAUCGCAGCCCAACAUGGACCGGGAUGGGUUUUGUUAACGUACCAGAGGGAGCAUAUUUAGAGUUCAUCAUUGACAACAUUCCAGAUUCCAUGGACUACGAUGUUCUCAUUCGCUAUGAGCCGCAGCUUCCGGAGCAAUGGGAGCAAGUCAACGUCGAAGUCCAGCGUCCUGUCUUCCAUUCUCAAAACUACCCCACCCACUGCAGCGGUUCAUUCAGCGACGGAGACGAGCAGUACGUCUCUCUGCCACCCGGUUCAAGACACAUGUUGCUGCCCAGUCCCGUGUGUUUUGAGAAGGGACAGAACUACACGGUGCGCCUCAGCUUGCCCCGCUACUCAUCCUACAGUGACAUGCAGAGCCCGUACACACUCAUUGAUUCUCUGGUGUUGAUGCCCAGGGUGCAGGAACUGGAAAUGUUCCAUGGCACAGAAGGUGAAGCAGCAUGGGAUACUUUUGAGCGCUACCGCUGCCUGGAGAACAGCCAGAGUGUGGUCAAGAGCCCAAUGACAGACAUAUGCAACGACUACAUAUUCAGUGUCUCUGCACUGCUGCACAAAGGAGCCAUGCCAUGUAAGUGUGACCCGCAAGGUUCCGUCAGCGCCGUGUGCGAUCCCAGCGGAGGCCAGUGCCAAUGUCGCCCCAGAGUUGUUGGCAGGAACUGUGACCACUGCGCCCCCGGCACCUUCCUCUUCGGCCCCGCCGGAUGCAGGCUUUGUGAGUGCGACCCCCGAGGGUCAAACGAUGCACUUUGCCAUGAAUCGACGGGACAGUGUACAUGUGUUCCUGGGGCCACGGGGCGCCAGUGUGCCCACUGUCUACCGGGAUUUUGGGGAUUCCCUAAUUGCCGUCCAUGCCAAUGUAACGGCCACAGUGAGGUCUGCCACCCCGAGACAGGAGAGUGUCAAGGCUGCCGAGACUUAACCGCCGGACAUUACUGUGAGAGAUGUCUGAAUGGCUACCAUGGUAACCCAGAGCGGGGCUCCGGCAGCCACUGCCGACCGUGCUCGUGCCCCGACGGCCCACGUAGCGCACGUCAGUUUGCCGACAGCUGCUACAUGGAGGCCAGGACAAACCAGCUGGUGUGUGUUUGCAGCACUGGCUACAAAGGUGCCAGAUGUGAUGAGUGUGCCCCAGGUCACUUUGGCAACCCGUUGGUGCCCGGCGGGCGCUGCUUGGCGUGCCAAUGCAACGGAAACAUUAACAUGCAAGACCCCAAGUCCUGUGAUGCUCGUACAGGGUCAUGUCUCAAGUGUCUGUACCACACAGACGGUUAUGCCUGCCAGAACUGUAAAACUGGUUACUAUGGCAAAGCCUCCACUCAGAGCUGCAGAAAGUGCAUGUGCCAGCCGACGGGCACAGCCCCACAUGCGUGUUCAUCACCGGAUGAGUGCCAGUGCGACCAGCACAGUGGCCAAUGCCCCUGCCUGCCCAAUGUGGUGGGCCAGAACUGCGAACGCUGCGCUGAGGACACGUGGAACAUGGCGAGCGGGACGGGUUGCCAGCGAUGUGAUUGCGACCCCGUCCACUCCUACGGCUCCUCCUGUGAUGAGGUGACGGGACGGUGCUCGUGUAAACCAGGAUUUGGUGGCAGGACGUGUCGAGAAUGUCGGGAGCUCUUCUGGGGGGAUCCAGAGGUCAAGUGUCAUGCGUGUGACUGCGACCCUCGUGGGAUUUCUAGCGACCAGUGUGAUCGGGUGACUGGACACUGCACCUGCGUGGAGAGCGUUUCGGGCCCACGGUGUGACAAAUGCGCCAGAGGCUACCAGGGGGAAUUCCCGGACUGCCAGCCUUGCCACCAGUGCUUUGCUAACUGGGACGCGGUGGUUGAAGAGCUCACCAACCAAACUCACCGACUGGAGGCAAAGGUGACGGAACUGCAGACCAGCGGCGUGACAGCACCGUACAAAGACUUAGUGACCAGCCUGGAGACAAACAUUAAGGCGGUCAGGGAAAUUGUGGAGAGGAACCCUGCAGCAGUGAAGCUUAUGGAGAACCAGGACCUCAUGCACCAGAUCACCGGCGUCAUGUCCUACCUUGAUGGCAAGCUUAACACCACAGAGGAGACCCUGAACAUCCUCCAAAGCGAUGCCAACGCUACCGACGUAAACCUGGACGAGCUGACAGAGCAGGCCAACCAAUUAGCGCGCCGUGUCCAGGAACUCAGGCAGCAGGUGUUUGAUGCCAAGAAUGCCAACUUCGAGGGUGCCAUGGACACCAUCACAGAGGCAAACGAGGAAUCGUUACUUGCAGAAAUCAGAGUUAACGCUUCAACCAGUGACCCUGGAAACACGGUGCAGCAGUCGGGAACACUUCGCAAGGUGACUGAGGAGAAGCUGAAUACCAGCAGGAAGGAGUUUGAUCGCAGGCAUCAGCGAAACAAACAGAAAAUGGACAAGCUCACGGAUGAGAUGGACAAACUAAAUUUGUCACUUCUAAGCGAGAAGGUGUGCGGCAGUGAGGCUCAGGGUGACGAGUGCUCUGGCUCUUCUUGUGGCGGAUUGGGCUGUGUCGAUGAGAACAAUGCUCCCCAAUGUGGUGGCGAAGGAUGCAAAGGCAUCAUUGCGACCUCCCAAAGUGCUCUCAAGUCAGCCAGGGAGCUAGACGAGGAAAUUCUUGAAGCCAUGAAGGAAGUGGAUAAGCUUUCCAGGAUGGUGUGGGAGGCCAGCAAUCGAGCGAGGGAAGCCAAAGUAAACGCUCAGCAGGUGCUGAUUAAAUCUAACCAGAGCAAAGAGCGAGUGGAGCGGAGCAACGAGCAACUGCGCAGCCUCAUCAAAGACAUAAGAGAUCUACUCACGAACGACAAGGCCAACGCGUCUAUCAUCGAGGCUGUGGCCAAUGAGGUCUUGGAACUGGAGAUGCCCACGUCGACAGAAAAGCUACAGGAGCUGACCGCCGAAAUCAAGGAGAAGGUCAGCGCUCUGACCAAUGUUGAGAGCAUCCUUAGCCAGAGCGCUAAUGACAUGAAAGCAGCAGAGGAGCUGUUGAGGCAGGCCGAGGCCGCAAAUCAGGGCGCCAAAGACUUGAAGGAGAGGACAGACGCGGUGAAGACAGCUCUCGACGAGACCGAGCGUGCUCAGAGCCUCGCCGCGGAUGCCAUCCGAUUGGCCCAGAACAACACAAAGGGAACGAUGGACUUGAUACUUUCCGUGGACUCGGAGACGGCGGAGUCAGAGCUGCGUCUGGGCAACACCACGGGGCGGCUGCUGCAGCUGGAGCGCGAGGUGGGUCUACUGCGGCAGAACGAGCUCGAGGUCAACAGCCUGACGGAGACGGCCGACCGGACGAGCGAACGGGCCAAGAAGGAUGCCGACGAGGCCCAGCAGGAGUUUGACUCGGAGGUCAAAAACAAACUGGAAGAAGUGGAGGACAUGAUGGAGGACAAAGGGGAGUCGGUGCUGCAGGCGAGGGAACGAGCUGACGAGUUGCGUAAGGAAGCCGGCGAGCUGCUGGCUCAGAGUAGCAACAAGCUGCAGAGAUUGCAAGAGCUGGAGAGCUCCUAUGAGGCCAACCAGAAGAUCCUCGAGGCUAAAGCCGCAGAGCUGGCCCAUUUGGAGGAGAACGCCCGCCGAGUCCUGGAUGAUAUCAGCCACAAGGUGAUGCUGUACAGCACCUGCCAGUGAGGGAGGAUCCUGAAGCAGAUGAUACCCGCAGUUGGGCAGCUUUAGACUAUUCCGCUAUGAAAACCACUACAUGCCAAACGAACCUCGUGCCACAAUACCAAAGUGUCAAAAUUUUGACAGAGACGACUCACAUUACAUUAUAUUGGCAGUUGAACGUUUUUAACGUGCAAAGUUCUUGACAGUUCCACAAACUUGUUUUUGUGUACAUUAUCCUGAAAGCCACAGCACAUCAACAUUUUGUGAUUGAUUUCAGUUUUAUAGCACAACCGAGUAGAGCACGACGUGCAGUAUUGACAGAAAAAUGAUUAGUCUCUUUUCCUGAAAUAUUACUUUGCUACUUAACCCAAAAAAACUUUGAUGCAAUUAUAUCAUUUUCUAAAUAAAAAAAACAGGGACACAUUUGUUCCCCGAUAUUUGAUUUCAAUCAUGAAUUUAGAUCUUUUUGUCAAAUAAUAAAGCUUGACCCACACACACUUUAGCAGCAGUAU